AUGACGCCAGCCGAGGGAGAACUGUAUUCCUCCAAAGUGGCGUCCACGCAGCAAGGUGCCGAGUGCAUUGCUGUGGACACAGUGCUUCAGGCAGGCUUGAAAAGGUGGUUCAGCGAACGUGAAAUCAGGCUGUCGAGCUCCAUCGCCCACAGAGUCGUCGCUCGAAGGCGGCCAUUCGACACCCUUGCCCAAAAGCUACUUCACCGAAAGCCAUUCGCUGGGAAGUCUGUGACUUAUGGACGAAAGACAGAAGGUGAAACCAGAGAAGCAUUUGAGAAGAAGGUUGGUGUGUUAGUUGCACAGGUUGGCUUGAUUGUGCACUUGAGGCAGCCAUGGCUGUGUGCCAGCCCCGACGGAAUCAAGACCAGCGACGGGACGACACUGCUCGAGAUUAAGUGUCCCUAUACAAGGAAAAACAACGUUCUUAUUGAUUCGAGCAAGGAAGAAAGCUUUGUCAAGCACAUAGCGUAUGAAGAGGGGCGUCUGAUGCUGAAGAAGCGCCACACACACUACACGCGGGUACAAAUUGCGAUGUACGUGACAAAGACUAGCCAGCGCUUCUUUUACGUGUACUCGUCGAAGCAUGAUGUCACCAUACUUGUCGAGCGGGAUGAAGGUUUUCUUUCGGAGGCUGUCCCCAGGCUCGAGCUCUUCUAUUUUAGAUACUACUUGAAGGAGCUCAUUCAGUCCUAG